AUAACUAUGCAGUCCAGGUUGACGAACUUCGGACCUCACAACGUGGAGCUUAGCUUAAACGAAGCUAGCAACAAAGUUAGCAAGGAGCAGAGCAGCAGUAAGGGUGUUGACGAAGAGCUAGCAGAUAACGGCGGCGACAUGAAUAACCCACGCGGCGACAAGGCAGAUAUACUUGGAGCAAUUAAUAGCUUAAAGUCUGAGUUUUCUGGAAGAUUUGAUGGUGUCAUGACGGCCAUAGAAACAGUGAGGAAAGAAGUGGGUGAAUGUGCGAAACGUUUGACGCAUGCAGAGGAACGUUUGUCUACAUUUGAAGACGAGCAACUGUCGCUACUUAACAAAGUUAAGAGCUUGGAAGAAACGAAGAAGCUAAUGGAGGAAAAGAUAGUCGACAUGGAAAUGAGAUCUCGUCUCAACAACCUUAGAUUGGUAAAUCUCCCCGAAGGCGCAGAGGGCUCCGAUGCCUGUGGAUUUUUAGAAAGCUGGUUACCAGAAGUGUUGGAGAUACCUGCUCUGAGAAGUCCGCUGAUUCUGGAAAGAGCUCACCGCGUUGGACCGAAAAGGAACGCAGAAGCUCCCCCAAGAACCGUAAUUAUGAGAUUCCUUAAUUAUAAUCAAAAGGAUCUGAUAUUCAAAGCAAGCAAAACAAAGACGGAUAUUCUCUAUAAAAAUCAACGGGUGAGAUUCUACCAUGACGUCGCUACGGAGAUACACAAGCAGCGCAAGCAGUACGAUGGAGUCCGCAAGCGCCUCCGCGAGCUUGGUCUGAGACAUGGCAUCAUCCCUCCGGCUAAACUGGUGCUAACGUACCAAGGAGAAACCUUCAAGUUUAACACACCAACAGAGGUCCGAACGUUCGUCGAUCGGAUUCAGAAGAGACAGAUAAGUGCAUCGGAGUGA